UGCUAAUUUUUAAGCAAUAUUUUUUUUCUCAGAUAAUGGAAGAUUUUUUUCAUGUGGGGAUAUUAAUUAUUAGGGAUGAUAAGCGAAUACGAUGAGAAGUGUCAAUUUAGGGAGCCCUAUCUCCUGAUCUGUUGUGGUAUCGAUUUUGAGCGUCAAUACACGGUACCUUGCUCCACGGAGAGUAAGCACAGUCGGAAAAGAGCGUCGGACGAGUAACAUCAAAUUACAUUCCACAAAACUCGGAAGAUCGCCGAGUGAGGAUCUGUCCACAACUUGAUAAACUUUUGUUUGAUUUUAUUUGUCAGAAAAUGACACUUAACAAAGUUAGAAAUUUCCCAGCAGUAGGUGUAUAAGAUAAAGGUUUGAGAGGAACUUUUUGCAAUGGGUUUCAGUACGCAUCGUUUUGUUGGGUCGGUGGACCCUAAUCUGAUAUGUGGAAUUUGCAGUUCUGUUAUAGAGGAUGCUGUGUUGACGCCUUGUGGACAUACUUUUUGCUAUUGCUGCCUGGAGACUUGGAUGAGUAAACCGCGAGUAAAUUCAUGUCCUGAGUGCAGAAGUACUAUGGCUCUGAGGGACGUAAAGCCGGUACUUUGUCUUCGUAAUCUUGUGAAUGGUUUUGAUGUCAUGUGUGAUAACAGCGAACGUGGAUGUAAGUUAGUUGUGAAAUUAGAACGGUUGAAAUCCCAUUUACAGGUCUGUGGAUAUACCCCUAUAAAGUGCGCAGGGUGUUCCGAGAUGGUGAAUCGGUCAGAACUUGCAAACCAUCAAAUGUCUUGCGAGGGCAUUUCAGCUUCUUUGAAGGAUGAAAACUACGAUUCUUACAUGUACAAAUCUUUAGCAGCAAUAUCCCUAGAAAAUGAAGCUACCUCUUUGGAACUUUCGGGACUCCUUGCAAAGAUUUCGUCUUUGGAAUUUCAGUUGAAGUCACUGAAAAGAGACAUGCAAAUCUCCGAGUCAAAAAACCGUGUCCUUGAACGUGAAUAUAGGAAAACUAAGGACGAGCUUCAACAGAAGAGAAAUGAAAUUCUCGAAGUCCAGUACUCCGAGUUUGACCCGGACUAUGACUAUGGUUACACUCCGCAAACAGUAGCCAAAUUGUCCUUACUCGUCGCUAGAUUUCUGUUGAAGAAACCGUCGUAUGUGGACAGCGACAAAAUUUUUGCGGCUGUCAAACGUUCGUACGAGCAGUAUGCACGUUGUGGAAACCAGUAUGAAUAUGAUGUUCACAUGCUUGUUGCCACCGCUUUUGCGAGUAAUUGGUUCAGCGAAAGUCAGAGAAUUAACUUUCAUUGCUGGCUUCAGAGUCUUGCUAGAUAUCGUCAAUAUGCUAAUACGGGGAUAGAUUCAAGUGAACAACAUAUUUACCAAUGA